UGUAAAUGUCACCAGGUCCAUGAUGAAUCCUUCUCGCAAUUCCAGUUGAACAGAAACAGUUGUGCUCCAUAGAAAUCAGACACGAAUCUACAGAUCCUGUGUUUCCCUUUCCGCCAAUUGAAUAUGCAGUGGCGAGAGCGCGCCUAUUCGAUCCUUGAAUAGAUAAAAACCAAGUCGACCCAAUUGGGUUUUCGCUGAAGUAACAUGGGACGAAGAAUAAUGGAAUGGGCAGCUCGGUCUGAUUACAUGGGCGGCAUUCCAAGGAAGAUGGUGAUCAUGGCGGUGGGGGGUUUGGCAAAGGCUGUCGUCUCUUUGCUCAACAACACAACUGUUCACAAUGCCGAUACACUCCUUCGUCUGGUUCGUUCUCGGCCUCCUGGUGUACCACUCGUCACUGUUAGCAACCACAUGUCCACCAUGGAUGACCCUUUUUUGUGGGGUUUCAAGGGCUUUCCCAUCACGGAUGCGAAAUUGUCUCGGUGGGCUUUGGCUGCCGAGGACAUUUGUUUCAAAAGUUCAAUGCUUUCUUACUUCUUCAGACUUGGGAAGUGCAUACCAAUUACACGGGGUGGUGGCAUUUAUCAAGAACACAUGAAUGAAGCUCUUGAGCGUUUAAGUGAAGGAGAAUGGUUGCAUACAUUUCCAGAAGGAAAAGUGUCCCAGGAAGAUGCACCUAUUAGACGAUUGAAAUGGGGAACUGCUAGUCUCAUUGCUCGUGCUCCUGUAACACCUAUAGUUUUGCCAAUUGUCCAUUCGGGGUUUGAACAGGUGAUGCCUGAGAACUUUUAUCGUGGUAAAAGGCCUCCUUUUCCAUUAUGGAAUAAGAACAUUAAGAUAAUUGUUGGUGAGCCAAUGGAACUUGACCUUCCUAAAAUGAGGCAGAUGGCAAUGUCUCUGUCUCGUAAUAUUUCACAUCCUACUUUAGGAUGGCCAAGCACUUGCCCCGGUGGUCUGGAUGAGGCAGCACAAAGAUGUCUGUACAAUGCAAUUUCAGAGAAAAUCCAAAAUGUCAUGGAGACCUUGCGAACUUUUGCUAGAAGUUUUUCAAAGUCAAAAGAUCAAAAUCUUUGCUAGUUUAAGUUAUGCUGCGAAGUAUGUCCAACAGUAGGAAAAUUGCAUUUUGGGUUCAACAGUGUCCAUCUUAAGAUGUAUCGAUAAAUGAGGAACAUAUCUCUUUACUCCAGAGUUCAAUCAGCGUUCCGAUUCUAUUUAAGGAACAGAAACCUGCCGGCUUCAUUCUAUGGCACUACAAAGAUGAGUUUAAUUGUGAUUUGUAGUUGAUUUUAUAAGACUUGUAUUCUUUUAUGAA